GUGGAGACGUGGCCGGUUGGGGUCUCGUGUCGGAGCGUCUGUCCGACAUCAGAGCGCGCUCAGGAGAGCCCAGCGGCGCCGCCGAGGGCAGCGCCUCCCGCAGGGCGGAGCUGGAAGGACUGGAGGGUUCGGCCCAGGCAGCGCUGGCCCGCCUCCAAGAGGAGCAACAGAGCCGUAAGCUGCGUCAGCAGAGCAGCAUCGAUGCCGAGGGCCACGCUCGCCGCCUGGAGACCACGCAGAUGACGCCGAUGACGCCGGCGGGCGUUGCCGGGGGCGACGCCUGGGAGCAGCUGGCGCCGAGCGCGGCCGCGCUGCGCAUCAAAGACCUGGACUUCUCCGACCUGCUGGAGGACGAAGACAUCGACGUCUUGGACAACAUGGACUCCUUUGACUCGUCUUCUUCUUCCUGUCGCGGUUUCCCCGGCAUCCCCCCCCCCCCCCCGCCUCUCCCGGGCCUCAGCGCCCCCCCUCCUCCUCCUCCUCCCCCGGCGCCAGCGUUCUCGCAGCAGAAGAAGAAGACCGUGAAGUUGUUCUGGAAGGAGCUGAAGCAGAACGACGCGGCUCCGCCGAAGUGCCGCUUCGGCCGCGGCACCGUUUGGGCGUCUCUGGACAAGGUUGCCGUGGAUACGUCCCGCCUCGAACACCUGUUUGAGUCCAAAGCCAAGGAGCUGGUCAUCGCCAAGGUGUAA